AUGCUGAAAGCACUCAAUGCCAAAAACAAACUCAGGUUUGUUGAUGGCUCGAUUCCUCAGUCUUCUCUUGAUUCGGCUGAUUAUGGGUUAUGUUUGGAGAACCGGUUCAAACAGAACAAUGUUUCCAAGAUCUACAAUAUUCAGCAGAAGAUCGACAAUUUGCAUCAAGGAUCUCUGGACUUGAAUGCUUAUUUUACCCGAUUAACGGGACUUUGGGAAGAACUCAAAAAUCGUGAGCCAUUCCCGACUUGUUCCUGCAAUGGAUGUUCUUGCAGCCUUGACAAGCGUUGGCAGGAAUUUUAUGAUCGUCGUAACGUGGUCCGCUUCCUUAUGCGUCUCAACGAGUCUUACACUCUAGCUCGUCAGCAAAUCUUGAUGAUGGAACCUCUUCCAACCAUCUCCAAGGCAUACAAUCUGAUUUCUCAGGAGGAGCAACAGAAAUUUGUCUCUGCUCCAUCUGAUUCCAUGGCGUUUCAUACUCAGACUCUUGGUUCUGGACAACAGAGUAGCUAUCCCAAUGCUUCUCGAUCUCAGGUUAAGAACAAAUCCAAACCUCAGUGCUCUCAUUGCGGCAUUUUCGGACGUAUUGUGUCUCGUUGCUUUAAGAUCUAUGGCUAUCCUCGUGGACAUCGGUUAGCUUCUUCUGGUUUUCAGCCUGCACCCUUUCGGAAAAAUGAUGGCAUUCUUCCCACUCCUUCUGCGACUGGUAAACUUCUGUCUCGAGUUAAUGAUAGCGCAAAUCUAGGUGUAUAA